UUAUGUUGUAUGUGUGUGUGUGUAUGUAAAUGAUCAUGUGUGAAGGCCAACAUUAUUUUGACUGCGGACAAUGGUUCACACACGUCCAGGUGAAGUUUGUGGUGCUUGUCAGUAACCAGUUUGGCUGGUUAGUCUCUCUCUCUCUCUCUCUCUCUCUGUUUUUUUUGCGGCCCUUUUUCAAAAGAUGUGUUUUUAGAUUAAAUUUGGACUGUGCAGAAGUGAUCUGCUCUGCUACACUGUAGCCUUAUUUGUUUUUGAGAAUGUGUAUUCACAUCCACGGCUAACUUGUGAUUUGAAGUUUGUCUACGCUCUGUAGAUCGUUAUCUGUCGACAUUCCUAAACCUGAAGUAGUCGAGUUAGUUCACGCACAUCAAAAACCUAACGCAGAACCUUGUAUGACGCCUCUUUAUUAACCCUCUGGCAGUAGCGCUUCAAAAGCCAAAACUCUUUUCUUGCAUGACACGAUGUAAAUCAUUUUGAGACUGACUUGAUCUGUAGGUCCUUCAGGAUCAGUGCUUUACUUUUUCACUGACUUACAGUAACUGCAGUGGCUGGGUUUCUGACUUUGAGCGGUACCUAUUUUGUCACUGCACUAUGCUUAAGCACUGUGUGUGAAUGAUAUUAAAUCACAUGGAAUGACCCAAUCUCUCUUCUCUUUUAGAUCUUUCUUAAUUAGCCAAAUAGACGUAGCUCAGUUCAAGUAGACGUGCUCAGAUAGCUCAUCAAAUCAGCUUUGAAUUAUCAGAGGGAUUUGUCCAGGAAUGACAGAUACUGUAUAAAACAUACAUUGGUAUACGUUUCCAGGAGCAGAAUUGUAAGACAUUGUGAUUUGCUGCCUAUAAGUUUGGUUCAUUUCUCUUUCUUUCACCAACAAACAGAACAUAUAGGACCAGCAUAAACUAUGUAGGCUACAAAGUAACAGUAUGCCUCUUUCUAAAGGUAUGUUUUUAUGAGUAGCUAGCCUGUAUUUCGUGUUAUGGUUACAUGAUGAUUUGUGGUCAUGUGAAAGACCGCUAAACAUGGCUGCUGUUCCCAUAAGUAAUCCUGUGUUGCGGGUGGGAAAACCCCUCAAGUAUGUAAGAAAAGCCGUCACAGCACAGUAUGUCAACAAUUCUGCCAAGAGGCACUAGACAGACAGCUACACAGAUUGGCAGACAGAAAUACAGACAGACAUAUGGGUAUACAAGCAGACAGACAGGCAGGCAUAUUCCUUUAUUUGUCGUUACACAGUACAAGUAGCCUGCAAUUCUCACAUAACAUAUCGUAUUAGCACCUGUAACUUGUGAGACAGUAACAAACAAGAGUACAAAAAGCUUUAUUUCAAGGAGCUGAGAUACUGCACACAUGCUGUAGUGGUGACUGUUAUAUUUGUUGUCACCUGCCAUCUGUACCGUACCCGUGUACGUUUGAGCCCCAAAGUCCGGUUUGUUUGACCGCUUUGAUUGUGAUCGCUCUGUAGGCCUAUACCAUACAUGUACCUGGGCACGGUAUGCUUGAGGAGCUCGACUUGGGCAUGGUACAGUUGGGCUUAUGAUUGCGCCCAUGCUAAGAUUCUAGAGCACAGCAGCUCAACUGUGCCUGGUUACAGUUUGAUAGUAGGCUAUGCAGUGUGAGUGUGGACCAAAAAACGUAUGGUAGGCCUACAAGUGAACCGUCUCCAGUGUGAGUAUGCCCUAUGUUUUAUUAUUUAGGAGAUGAGAUAUUGCGCACACUGGCUGAAUUGGAGUGCUCCUAUGGUCAAGUAGUAGGCUAGUGGAGUCAUACAUGCACAUGACAGUUUACAUUCAAAGUGACAGUUAGAAUGUAAACAUCUGUCCAGUGUUCCAUAACUGUAGUAACUGUUACGCAGAUGUCACAUUAUGCAGGCCUCUUAUAGGCCUAGGCUAAGUAAGUACCUGGAAGGCCACGGAGUUAAAGCGUUGGAGAUGCACACCAGCCAGCUGAAGACCAGGAUCCUGGGCCUGAUGAUGUUCAACGUCCUCCUCUUCAUCCUGGUGGACAUCACCAUCAAGUACAGCCAGGGCAGGGACCAGCGCGGGCAGGUCCGCAUCCCGUCCAAGCGCUUCUGGAAGAAGCUGGCGGUCAGCGAGGCCUUCUGGAACCGUCGGCAACAGCGGCUCGACCACCUCCACAACCCGCUCUUCGCGGCGGCCAUCGCCGCGGGCAACGACACGCUCGUAGAGGGCGCGGCCGCCGUCCCGGCGGGGAUCCUCGCCUGGAUGAACGACACGAGUCCCGAGGACCCCUGCGCGCCCGAUCACACGGUGCCGUCGCGGGUGAAGGACUACGAGCGGCUGCCGGAGCGCUUCAAGGACUUCCUGCGCUACAUGCGCUGCCGCUCCUACCCGAUGACGCUGAACGUGCCCGAGCUGUGCCGGGAGCCGCCGUUCCUGCUGCUGGCGGUGAAGUCGCUGGCGCCUCACUUCGACCGGCGCCAGGCCAUCCGGCAGUCCUGGGGCCGCGCGGGCACGUACGCCGGGCGCAAGGUGGUCACCGUGUUCCUCCUGGGCGACGCGGCGGCGAGCGACCACUUCCCGGACCUGUCGGCGAUGGUGCGGCACGAGGCGGCGCUCCACGGCGACAUCCUCCAGUGGGACUUCCGCGACACCUUCUUCAACCUCACCGUCAAGGAGGUGCUCUUCCUCGAGUGGCUGCACGCCAGCUGCGCCGGCGCCCGCUUCGUCUUCAAGGGCGACGACGACGUCUUCGUCAACACGCGGCGCAUCCUCGACUACCUGGGCGGCCUCCGGCGCGCCAAGGCCCGCGACCUGUUCGUCGGCGACGUGAUCACGGGCGCCGGGCCGCACCGCAACCAGAAGCUCAAGUACUACAUCCCCGAGAGCCUCUUCCAGGGCAAGUACCCGCCGUACGCCGGCGGCGGCGGCUACAUCUACUCGGGCGACGUGGCGGCGCGGCUCUACAACGCCUCGCGGAAGGUCUCGCUGUACCCCAUCGACGACGUCUACACGGGCAUGUGCCUCCAGAAGAUCGGCCUGCGGCCGGAGAAGCACAAGGACUUCAAGACGUUCAACAUCGACGAGAAGUACCGCAACAACGCCUGCGUCUACAACGCGCUCAUGCUUGUCCACAGUCGGACUCCGCAGGAAGUUAUCCAAAUAUGGUCCUGGUUACAGGACCCCGGCCUGAGAUGUCAGGCUGUGACUGUGGCUGUUGCUGAUAAGACUGGCUAACAAACUUGCUUAAAAAAAAAAAAAGAUUAAAAAGACUUUUAAAGACUAUGAACUUCUGAUGAUAUUGAUGUGUUCAUGUCAGUGAUUGCAUGGCAUGGCUGGAAAAAACACUGUGAUCUGGACUCUAAAAUCUAUGUUGUUGGAGCACUUUAAAAGUAACGUUAUUGGAUGCUUGUGAAGUAGGGUGGAUUGGCUUUUAGUAGCAUACACACUUGAGAGCAAGUUCGCUGUAUCCUUGGUUAUUUGGGUUAGCCAGGGUAUUUAUUUGACCUAAUUAUUGUUUUUUAAUUGUUAUUAGUUAUUUUGUAAUUGUCGUGUGUACCAUUUUGCCUUGUAUGGACAAUGCUUGUGACUUGGACAGUAAAUGGAUACUUGUGAUAAGUGGCUGGUUUCUCUCCCCAUUUUCUGUUAAUUUUCUGGUCAUUGUUACGUUAAGUCUCUUACAUGUCCGUUGUUGUGAUACUUUUAAAAAGGUUUUCUGAAAUGUGUAGCCUACAUCAUGUGUAUGAAAGCUUAUGUACGGGAGAUCUUUACACACUACCUUCUUUUGAAUUCACAUUCGAAAAGUUUUAUUUUAAUUCAUCGUUCAUUUUUAGACAUGUUGGUAUCCUGGAAUUGAAAAAAAAAAAGUACAAAAAAACAAAACAAAACAAAAAACAGUGUGUCUGCUGGAUCAUUUAUUGAGGAAAACUCCUCAAUAAAUUGCAUACAUUUCUCAAUGAAUAAUAAUUAAUAGUGGAGGUGGUGGGUAGGAGCAGGGCUAGCAUGCCGUAGCCUGACAGUUGUGAGUACAAUUCCCAGCUUCCACCGUUAGCCUUGAGCAAGGCACUUAACCCCAAGUUGCGCCGGGGACAAUGCAGUCCCUUGUGGUACACAGCUGACUUCAGUUAGUCACUUUGGAGAACAGUUUCUGCUUUAAGUGUAAUGAAUGCAAGUUAUCCAGCAACACAUCAGUCAAAUAGAUUACUAUUUGGUGUUCCAGGUAGCCGCAGAGAAGACAGGACGAAAUGUCCUUCUCUCACCUGCCGUCUUUCCGUACACACAGACACAAGAAGUGCUGCUUUGUAUCAAUUGAGUCAUCGGGUGUUGUAUGCUUUUACAUAAAUUCAAAUAGACUCCAGAUGGGUUUGGUGGUAGUGGUGGAUGGGGUGGUGGUGCUGACAGUCGGCUUAAUGUUCAUCUUCGAGGAGCCUUAAAGGCUGUUGUUGUGUGUGAGUGUGUGUUUUUCUGAACAUGACUAAGAGAUGAAGCCUUAUUUUUUAUAGCAAAAUUAAUAAAGUCUGUAAAACAUGGUUUAUUGUGGUGUGGUAAUAGGCAAUUCAAUUGUGUUGGGGAUACUACAUGUUACCGAGUAACUGUUGAUAGUGGUCUGCAUUGUCACAACAUAAUUAAAUGCAAAGUGUCCUCUCACUCAAGAGCUAUAUGA